AUGGAUCUGUUGAAAUCAGCUUUCCUUUUUGGAUUACUGGCGUAUCCUUUUUACUAUUUAAAGUUUUCAAAGGAUUUACACAAAGUGACAAAAACAAUUAAUGGCACGUACGACUAUAUCAUCAUAGGAGCAGGUAGUGCAGGAGCAGUGUUGGCUUCGAGACUCUCUGAAGAUCCGGAAGUUACAGUUUUGCUACUGGAGGCGGGUGGUGAUGGGACAGAAAAUGCUGAAUGGCACGACACCCCGUUGUUGGCACCAAAGCUUACCGAGUCAGCUUCUGACUGGCAAUACGAGAGUGCACUGCACCACAAAUCGGGUGCGUAUAUCAACAUGAACAAAGAUAAACACUAUUAUACGUCGGGAAAAGUUCUAGGCGGAAGUAGCAUGUACAAUUAUAUGCAGUAUGUCAGAGGGAGCCGUUAUGACUAUGAUGAAUGGGCAGAAAAUGGCUGCAGUGGGUGGAGUUAUGAUGACGUAUUGCCUUACUUUCUCAAAUCUGAAGAUUAUCUAAGUAAAGAAGAUGAUACCGAAAAAUAUCAUCAUAAAGGAGGACCACUUGGUGUGAGUAAAGAAACGGGGUUUCCAGAAUUGUCAAAAAGGUUUAUCGAAGCAGGUAAAGGGUUGGGACAUAAGGAGGUAGACUAUAACGCUGAAGAGCAGCUAGGAUUCGGAGUAAGUCAGGUUAACACAAGAAACGGUGUCAGAGCGAGUACACUAAGUGAGUUUCUUCGUCCUGUAAUGCAUCGUAACAAUUUAGAUGUUGCCGUGAAUGCACACGUCACCAGAGUAAAUAUUGUUAAGAAAGAAGCCACUGGGGUGACAUUCAUAAAGAAUGGAGUGAAGAAAGCUGCCAAUGCGCGAAAAGAAGUAGUUUUAUCAGCUGGAUCUUUUGGAUCGCCACAAAUUCUCAUGUUGUCGGGUGUAGGACCUAAGGAGCAUUUACAUAGUUUGAAAAUUCCGGUGAUAAUCGAUCUACCGGUAGGUGAAAACUUGCAAAAUCACCUCGCGCUUAUUUACCCGACUGAUAUAAAUAUGACAUCUGAAAGUAUUACAAAAUCAAGACUGCAAGACUCGCGCGAAUAUCUUCAAUAUCUUCUUUUUAAUUCUGGAGUAUUCUCAUCAACGGGAUAUAUUGGGGAAGCUUUUGUGAGAUCAGAAUCACAGAAAGAAAAAUAUCCUGAUAUACAGCUUCAUUUUGCAGCAUUCCAACCGAAUUUGGAAGACGGAGUGUUAAACUCGACACUUUUAAAGGGUGUAUAUCGCAAAAGCUCUGUGCCCGGAAUAUCUUUAAUACCGUUGCUUCUUCAUCCUAAAAGUCGAGGAAAAGUCACACUGAAAAGUACUGAUCCUUUCGAUUAUCCAUUCAUUGAUCCCAAUUAUUUUGAAGAAAGAGAAGACAUUGAAACACUAAAAAGAGGCAUAAAACUUGUAGAAGCGUUACUCGAAACCAAAGCUAUGAAACAGAUAGGAACUGAUUCUGACAGAUUUAAAAACGCCGAAUUCUGCGCAAACCAUGAAUAUAGAUCAGAGGAAUUUUAUGAAUGUUUGGUAAAUUAUCUGUCACAGGCAGCUUAUCACCAGUCCUCCACGUGUAAAAUGGGUCAUUUGGAUGACAAAAAUACUGUUGUCGAUCAAACCCUCAAGGUUAAAGGUAUGACUGGAUUAAGAGUUGUGGACGCGUCAGUGAUGCCAAAUGCCAUUUCUGGUAACAAUAAUGCCCCGGUCAUAAUGAUAGCUGAGAAAGCCGCUGACAUGAUUCGAGGUUUAGAUUCUGUGAAAGAGAUUCGGAAACGUAUUGCUGAUAAAAAGUAA